UUGAUCGUUUGCUAUCCGUUGACAUGUUUGAACCCGAUAACACGGUAAAUAUUUACGAAUCUGGUAAUACAGAGAAUUUUUUUGAUAUCGAAUCUGGUAAUGCGGAUAAUUACUCUAAUGCAUUCGACCUUGGUGCUCUGGAGAAUUUUUUUAAUACCGAAUUUAGUAACGUGAAUAAUUGUUCUAACGCACCCGACCUUGGUUCUCUGGUUAAUUGUUCUAACACGCUUGGCUAUGAUAAUCUGGAGACUUUUUUUGAUAACAAAUCUGGUAACACGGAUAAAUAUACAUUUGACUCUGACGAUUCGGGAAAUUUUUUUAAUUCUGAUAAUCUGGAGGCUUACUUUAAUGCAUUUGGGCCCGGUGACAUAGAGGCUUUUUUAAAUACAUUUGAUCCAA